AUGGCGGGUAAAAUGGCCGCAUGCAUCUUUUGCAAGAUCAUUAAGGGUGAAAUCCCUAGCUUCAAGCUCGUGGAAACCGAUAAGACCCUCGCCUUCCUUGAUAUCAAUCCGCUCAGCCGGGGACAUGCUCUCAUCAUCCCCAAGUUCCACGGCGCGAAGCUCGCCGACAUUCCCGACGAGCAUCUGGCCGACAUUUUGCCCAUCGCUAAGAAGCUGGUGAAAGCCACUGGCGCCGAAGAAUACAACAUUCUCCAAAACAACGGGCGCGGCGCACACCAGCUGGUAGACCACGUUCACUUCCACGUGAUUCCGAAGCCGAAUGAAAAAGAGGGUCUUGGAAUCAGCUGGCCGCAGCAACCGACGGAUAUGGACAAGCUUAAGGCGUUGUUUGAGGACCUCAAAUCUAAGGUGUAA